AUGGCAAUUGAAGCUGGAGGUGAAGAAAAUUUAGGGCACUUGAAGAAAGACCAUCUAAAUUACUGCACAAGGUUAAAAAUGAAGCAAAUAGAAGGAGAUGAUGCACAAGAAGUAACCGACAUAAUGUAUUUAGAGCUUGAAGGAGAUGAAAAGAUUGAGUUGUUUGUGUGGCUUCUACAAACUUUCAAAAAGUCAAUGGGGGGAAAAAGUCCAAUAUCAAUCUUUACAGAUCAGGAUGCAACAAUGAACAAUGUCAUCAGUCAGUGUACUAAUAAAUCAGUUGCAUCAUCGGCUUUACCACUAUCUGGAUUGCUAAAACAUGCAUCAGAAGUUUACACGUUGUCACUAUUCAGAGACUUUGAGGAGGAAUUUGGAUAUUCGAUUGCAACAACAAAAAAAUUAAUUUGGACACAAGGUAAUACUCAGUUCUAUGUUGUGUCCAUCGAUGAAGAACCUUGGUCUGCACAGAGAGUAACAUACAUCCACGAGAGCCAGAUAGUAUCAUGUACGUGUAAAAACUUUGAAGCUUCGGGAUGGUUGUGCUACCACUACAUUAGGAUAUUGCACCUUCAUUCGGUUAACCGGAUUCCAGAACAGUACAUAAAAAAGAGGUGGACAAAAUCUGCCAAGUCAUCGGUUUGGAACAAAUUAGAAAAUGAAAAGCCGGAAGAGGUCUAG